AUGGGUGAUAAGGAACGUCUGACGCGUAAUAAGCAGCGUGCCGCAGUGAAACGUGAUGCAGCUGCUAGCCAUAUCGAGUCAAUUUAUACUUUGGGUUUAUCUGCUUCUACUGACAGUUCUGUCAUUCCCAAAUUCCUCAUAGCCAGUGAAGAUAUUCAGAAUCAUUGGGAAACGUUCACCCUUGAGAAUGACACCAUGUUAGAAGCUAUGAUUGAAUUGGGUACGCAUGGUGAAUUUUCCAAUAACGUUGAAUUGGAGGUUCGAAAUACUCUACUUAAUGUUAAAGCCUUGGCAAAUAAAUUCCGCUCUAGUUCAGAUGCUGGUGUUGCGGCUAGUGUCACUAGUAAUAAUGACAAACCGGGUUCUGACAUUGUUAACGAUAACGUUGAUUCGGUAUCAAAUCCUACAACUCAAUUACCCAAGAUUCCAUUACCUACCUUUGAUGGUCGCCUUCAAAACUGGCCAGACUUUAGAGACCGUUUCACCAUUUUAGUGGGCAAUAGGACACACCUGAGUAAUAUAGAGAAGUUCUAUUACUUAUUAGGAUGUUUACAGUCUGGUCCUAGUGAUGUAGUCAAGGGUAUCACGGUUUCGGAAUCCACCUAUGAACUUGCUUGGUCUGCCUUAGUUCAAAGGUAUGAUAAACCUCGUCAGUUGGCUACUACUUUGGUUAAUGAAAUGCUCAAUGCUCAAAUUAACCAUCAGGAAUCUCCUGCAGUACUAAUUAAUUUUUUGAAUACCUUUUGUGAGAACAUAGCUCUUCUUCAGUCAUUGAAUAUACCUGAUUUAGGUUCAUUCCUGUUAUUUGCAAUAUCAGUUCGUUGUUUGCCUUCAACUACACGCCGUCUGUUUGAACAGGGAAACACAGCUGAUUUUCCUACUGUUGAUAGUCUAUUAUACUUUGCCAAAGAUAGGGUAGAGGUGUUGGAAAACUCUGGUUCAUCUUUGAUCCAGGCCACAGUUAAGCCUCAAGCAAAGCUCGUCUUCAAUAAACCUAAGCAUACAACUUCCAAGCCAAACCAAUCGGCCUCUAAGGCCCCUCGAAGCCAUCAAGGUUCUCCAGUGGCGUUAGUUGCUAACAAACCAGCUGGAGAGUCUCAUCGUUGUGAGCAGUGUAACGGUUCUCAUUCUUUAACGUCAUGCUCUACCUUUAAGGACUUGUCGAUCGAUGAUCGCUACGCUUUAGUGAGCAAGCACAGGUUGUGUAUGGUUUGUUUCGGUAGCAAUCAUUGGGCAAACAAAUGUAAGUCCUCAUGUUCUGUUUGUCACGGUCGUCAUCACCAGCUGUUACAUCGAGAUAAUUCCCAUGCCAAGAUACCUCCAAGCAAGGAUCCUGUUGCAUCGUAUAUUGGCACUCAACAUUCCAGAUCGGUCUUGUUGGGCACCGCUUCAGUCAAUGUCUGUGAUGUAGCUGGGUGUUUGCAGCCAGUUCGGGCUUUGAUUGACCCCGCUUCCCAAGUGAGUCUAAUGACCUCUGAGUGUGUUAAACGUCUAGGUCUAUUCUGUGAACAGUGGACAGUCCCAGUAGCUGGUCUAGCAGGUCAGUUAGUGCAAUCCAUCAAUGGCAGAGUGCAGAUCAGCAUCCAAUCGGCUACAGAUGGCAGCAUGAUCAACCUUUCUACUUGGACUAUGCCUAAAAUAACAGGGUCAAUGCCAUCGGCACAACUACCAGUCUCCGUCAGGAACAAGUGCUCUCAUCUAGUUUUGGCAGAUCCUAAUUUUGACUCACCAGCUCCGGUUGAAUUGCUGCUUGGUGCAGAUGUAUUCCCUCAAGUGAUCCGCAGCAGAAGACAUGACUUAGGUCCUACCUUCCUCCACCAGUUCGGAGAGAGUUGGUCGUCAGAAGUUAAUUUGAUUCCCUCAGACCAGUUGCCUGAGGUCACAGGUCCUGUGUCUUGUGUUGUUGAAACUACAGGAGAGCCGAUUGAGUGGUUCUCUCGCUUUUCGUCUCUAAAUCGUAUGUUGAGAGUUAUUAUUCGUUUACAACGUCUUAUUAAAUUGUGUCGCAAGGUUCCGGUAGACACUAGUUUCCUUUCAUACCAGGAGUAUAAUGAUGCAUUGACAGCUGUAAUCAAGUGUUCACAAGGUCGCGUCCAAGAGCUUCUACCAGGUCCAGACGGAGUGGUUAGGGUAGUAAAAUUACUCACCAAGCAAGGCCUUAUAACAAGACCAGUAGUGAAGCUGGUCCCACUUCCUACUCAUUAA